CUUAAUUCCAGUUCAGUAUUUUUUUGCUGCAUUAAAUUAGCUUUCGUUGAAAACUUAUUACUGGAUUAAUAUGUAAAACAUAUAGAACACUUUUACAAUCAUCUUGAGUUUUCAAUUUGUUGCCAUAAGACAUAUGUGUCGUAUAAAACAAUUUAUUAUGCAUCUAUGUUAUGGAUUUGUCUGUAAAAUAUAAAGAGUUUAAUAUCACGCACCCACAGUGUUGAACCAGUCUAUUACUUCAGCCUUUUCAAAUAUAUGCGACGGCUUUAUUAUGGUUGCUCCAACGCAACAUGAGUUAGUUAACAUAAAUAAUAGUGAAUUUAAUACAGCAGCAUCACUUAGCGAUGACUCCGGUGUUCCUUUAACAACAAAUAACUCAAUUUCAAGUGGAGGCUCUUAUAGACUAAGCACUAAAUUAGAAAUAGAGGUAGUUGAAAGUGACGGAGAAGUUUCGCAAUUUGAUUCAUUGGACAAUUGUUCGGAAAGUGGAAUGAGCGCAGAAAACUUUAACACAUUAAAAAAAGGUCCACUAGCACCAAUUGAUCCACCACCUGAGUUUCAGGACUCACCACAAACGACACUUAUGCGCUCUGUUGCUUCGAAUUUAAAUUAUCUUCGUAGAUGGUCUUCCCAUUCGUCCUUUAAACAUAUGGGAAAUCAUGAAGAUGAUCAAAUUUCAAAAAUAUUCGCUGGUACGAUUGCAGAUAAUUUUAUAGCUAUUGAAAACGAUAUGUUCAAAUUAGCCCGCGAAAACAGUAUUAACGAUUCGUAUGCAAGAAAUAAACAUAUAUAUUCCAGUGAUUCAGUUAUUAAUAACUUGACAGAUAAUUUAUACGACGAACCAAAUGAUGUUAUAACCUCUUUGUUAGGAAACAGUACUGAUUCUUCGUCUUUAUUUCCAACUCCAACAUUAUCUCGUGUUAAAAUAAUUCAAACAUCAUGCCCUCAUUACCAGGACCACACUAAAUAUUUUAAGGUUAUCCCAUCAAAACAAGAUAAUACUAGAACUGACCAAAAAUUUAAUGUUUCGCAAUUAUCAGAAAUCAAUGACUUCGAUCUUUAUUAUGGCAUCAAGCGAAAUAUGUACCAACAUUGUGAAAAUACCCUUCAACGUAAAAUUAUAUGUAGUCCAUUAAAUUAUUCAUAUUGUCACAAUUCUCAUCAUACAGGUGUAUGUACUGGUAAUCGACCUAAUUCACGAAAUUCACUCAAUAGUCGUCUGUCUAGCUCUCAUAAUUCUUUAAGUGCAUCAUCCGCAAAUAAGCCAGAUGACUCAAUUUUUAUAACACAGGCCAUGUCACAUGAUGCAUUGCUUUCGCGAGAAAUAACUGACUUUUAUAACGUUCCCAUAGAUUCGGAUAUCUAUGCUCUGCCAGUGGAUAUGAUUUAUUCGGAAAAUGAGCGUCGAAUUCACAAAAAUGGACACAUUACUUUCAGUAAUAAACAUUCGAAAAUACAACAAGACACAAAUUCUGUUCAAGAUUAUAUAAAAUGCCACCAGUACAAAUCAAAUCGCAAAACGAAUCGUAAUAAAAGAAAAAAAUGCUCUGAAAUUAAUAGUCAAUCAAUGAAAAAUCAUAACCACCACAAAUUAUAUUCUAAAACAAAAUAUAGGGAUUCAAACGAACACAAUGACAUAGAAUGUGACAUUCAUAAUAACAAGCAGAGUAUCCAAGAACCACUUCAUAUGAGUCUUGAUGAGGUAAAAAAAUUUUAUCAUUCAAUUUACUCUAAUACAAAAAUACCUCCUGUAACGCAAAUCGACCAAAGCAAAAAAAACUUAAUUACUGAUUCUAAGGACACCAUUUCAAGCUUAUCUUCUAUUCAUUCUGGAAGUAAUCUGAGUGCGACAAAGGAAAAAAUUUGGUCCCGUACUAAACUUAGCAUAGAUGCAAACCAAAAACUAUCAUCUGAAAAUGAUAAAGUUAAUAACAAUGUAAAUAUAGGUAAAAAUCAAUAUAAUCAACAAAACAUCCGCCCACAAAAUUGUCAUUUAUUAAAUUUUGACGACACCAACCAAUUAUCUGCACUUCAACUUUCGUCACAAUAUAAUGUCAACAACAAACAAACGUUUCAACGGGAAAAAAAAUCUCAAUUUUCAUCAAGUCUCAAACAAAAAUUUUGCAGUAUUUUUCGAUUUAAAAAAAAUUAUAAUCGAUGUCGGACAAAUAACUCGGUAUCUGAUGAUAACAAUAGGGAACAAAGUUGGGUAGGUGCUCUAACGGUGGAAGAUAAGCGUAAUAAAUUUCAGUCAAGAGCUCUACCACCUUUACCAAAAAAAGCAUCUGAAAAUCUAUCUGAUUAUGAUAAUAAAGAAAAUAUCAAACCUGAUAUAAGGACAUUUCAAUUUACGUCGAGUAUCGAGAAAGUUAAAGACUAUGGUUGGUAUUGGGGUCCAUUGUCUAGUGAAGCCGCCGAAAAAGUUUUAUCUAAUGAGUCGGAUGGAAGUUUUAUAGUACGUGAUAGUUCGGAUGAUCACUAUAUAUUUUCCUUAAGCUUCAAACUAAAUAAUUGUGUACGACAUGUGCGGAUUGAGCAAGAUCAAGGUACUUUCUCAUUUGGCUCCUAUGCGAAAUUUAAAUCGCAAACAAUAACUGAAUUCAUUGAAAAAGCAGUUGAACAUUCAAGAAGUGGAAGGUACUUGUUCUUUUUGCACAGAAGACCAGAACAUGGACCUAUGCGUGUGCAAUUAACAAAUCCUGUUUCUAGAUUUAAGCAUGUGCAAAGUUUACAACACAUGUGCAGAUUUGUUAUUCUUAAAGCAGUAAUACGAAAAGAUUUAAUACAAACAUUGCCAUUACCUAGGAGACUUUUAGACUAUCUUAAUUAUAAGCAUUGCUUUUCUGAACAAAUUGAAAUUGAAAGUUCGCACUGUCAGAGUUCUGAAGAUGGAUUUGUGGAAGGUAAUGUCGAUUCUUAAUUUAAAAA